UCCGUUAGGAAGGAGGCGGUUGUUCCGGCCUCUGGAAGUUGGGAUUUGGGCUCGAAGUCUUCUGGUCGCGAUGUCCGGAAGGACGCUGGAUGGAGCUCAGAGAGUGGAUGGGAAGAUGGGAGGGACAGAGGGGCUCGCAGUUGCCCCUGCCUCGCCUGGUGUUGCAGGUAACAUAUACCGAAUAGUUCAGAUGACUGGGCCGGAUGGACAAAAACUUCUGAAGCUGCUUCCAGUUUCUGAAACUUUGGGCAAUGCUGCGCCUUCCAUACAUGCUCCUGUUGUGUCUGAUAAUACAAACGUCAAUGCCUCUGUUUCUGGCCUUGUUUCUUUGAAGACUAUGUUCACAAAGACCACGACUGUGUUCUCAAAUACUACAGCAUCUCCACUUGUUAAUAUCCCUGCACUUCUGACAGGAGCUCCUGGAAACUUAAUUCUCCAAAAUAAGUUGGAUAAAGUGGAACUAGUGAAAGUAACCCACGUUGUUAAUGAGAAUCGGACUAUAACAAGCUCCUCAGCCAUUCAGAAUAAUUAUGUUUCAACUGAUAAAUUAUCCUUUCAAAAGGAUGUGGCCUCAAUGUCAUCAGUCAAUAGCGAUGCUUUAAUGAAUACCAAAAAUCUUCCAGUUGUGAACUCUUCAGUACUGCCUUCUGGGCAUCACCUACAAAUACCUGCUUAUGCAGAAGUGAAAUCUGUUCCAGCAUCUUGUUUGCCCCCAGCUAUCCAACAGAAGAUACUGGCAGUGGCAGUCACAAAUGCCUCUGUGAUACCCAAAGCUGCAAAACCACCAAAUGUUAUUUAUGUAUCACCAGUAAAAACAGUGAAAACACCUGUUUCCAAAUGCUUGCAAUAUACUAAUCCAACACCUGCUGCAGAAAUAGCAAAACCUUUAGUACUGACAUCUGCACAAACAGCAGUCAGUAGUUCUGUUCCAGAUGCAGUAUUACACAAUAGCCAGGGACAAAGGGAGGCUCCUAUGAAAUGGGUUGUCCAAGAAAAUCCACAGUCAUCAGCAUCUUGCCUUGUUCCUGUACGGUCAUCAAAUGACAUGGUAUCAAAAAUGUUAAAAACUUUGGUUGAUAGCAAGAAUGUGAAAAACAAUCCUGCUAGCGCUCUGCCUGCCUGUUCUAGCAGCCUGAGCGAAAGCCAAGCAAAAUUGUCUCCUGUUAAAGAUAAUGCCCUGGUGAUGUAUAAUGGGAAAGUCUAUCUGCUGACAAGAAAAGGAUCCACUACUGAGUCAGGCCCAGAUGACAAGCAGGUAUCAGCCACUGCUGACACAAACGUCAGAAAACACAUAUCACAGGUAACUAGUUCAGUUGGAGAUAACACAAUAACCAGUCAAGUUGUCAAUCUAGUGUUGUCAAAAAAUAAAGGGGUUGCACUUAGUGCAAAGGAUCCAAAAUCAUGUGAGAAUGUUCCGCUACCUCUGUGGUCCGAAUGGAACAAGACCUUAAAAGUGGCACCUAUUUUAACAUCACCACGUGGGAAUCUGCAAAUAGGCUUUGUCAGCCAACAGGAGGCUGUGUCAGCGUCAGAAAAUACUCCUGUUGGAAUAAAAGUUGAUAAAAGAGUGACAGAAAAAGAUCUGAACGUCAACAUCAUACAGAAAACUCUUUCUCCUAAGACUGUUGCUUUACACUCAUCUACAUCUGAUGUUUCCAAAGAUGAAGAACAAAAGAUUGAGAAGAUAAACUCAACAGGAAUGGCUAUCAAACAAAGGAAAGUGCAACACAGAAAACAGUACACUGAGAUCAGAAAGAAAUUUGGUCUAUUAAAAGAGGAGAGAGUAUACCUCAGGAGACUACCUUUAUUAAAUUCUGUUAUAAAAACAGAAGAAAUAGAGUUGUCCAAUAAUGUACAUACGAAUGACUCUUGCAGAUUGCUGCAGGCAAUAACUGUGAAACCUGAGUCUGAAGAAGAGGAAAUGGUACUUGGGAAGCAGGACUCAAACAUGAAGAGGAAUGCAGAACUACCUGAGCCAGUGCUAGAAAAUGCAAAGAGGAGGAAAACCUUGGGUCCAAGUUUAGACCAUGAUAACCCUUCUUCAGUGAUGGAUAACCUAGUUAGCUUUUGCGGACAAUUUUUGUCACAGCAAGAAAAUCCUACAGUCUCAUUGCUGUGUUCUUCGAAUGGGGGUUCUGACCCAAAUACUUGUAUGCAAAGUAGUGAAGACAGUGAGGUUUUGUGUCCUACUUCACAUGGCAUUACAAAUGAAACACCUUUUAGUGCCAGUUCUCUUGGAGAAGACUGUUUUCUGUUUAGUCCUCCAGACUUAGAAGAAACGAUAAAAGAUGAAAAAAUAGAAAGACUUAAACUCCUUCUGAAGAAACACGAGGCAGCACUGGAAGACGUGUGCAAGAAACAGGAGACCUGACAAAAUGAGGACAUAGUACAGAAAUGUAAUUGAAAAGAGUAAUUGUUUGUGAAAUGGAAUACAAAUGGUCGCAUAAAUAGGAUGAAUAUAGUUCCUUUUAAAAUUUGAUGAUAAACCUCAAACCUGUAGAAUAACUGAGCUGAAUAACACCUGGAUUUUGUCCAUGUCUGUAGAAGAUGAAAUAAUGAAAUUGUUAUGAGAGAAAAAACAGCAUCUAUGUUUUGAGAAAGGAGAAAGUGUUCAGCAAGAUGACCUGAAGAGAAGAUUCCUGUUUGUUUCAGAAAAGUGAGCAAGAGUCAGUGCAUCUGUGAAAAAGAAGCUUUCAAUGAAAAGUAAAUCCUGCUGACUGAAGAUCUGUAAAAGAAAACCACAUAUUGAAGAAUUAGCCCUGGAGUGAAACCCUAUCAAUGUGUUGAAUGUGAAAAGAGUUUCAAGUAGACUUCAGAAAUGAUGAAACUCCAAGUAACAUAACAGUCCUCACCCAUUAUUUUUAUGAACGGGCUCGUUCUGGUGCUAAAAUAGUACAAGUUUAUUGUCUGGGAUAGGUAAUCAUAGCGCAGCCACAACAGAGAGGAAGAUGUAGCAUUUUAAUGACUUGGGGAAACCCAGACGGGGGCAGUAAAGCAUCCUCUUGCGAUCACUUCUCUGCUGGGAGAUCCUGCUUUUGCCUCUAAGGCCUCAACACCCAAAGUGCGCAAACCCAAAUGAGGGGUGCAGUCAGCAAGCCUCUGAUCUAUAACUGGUAAUAUUGGCGAAUUGGGUUGUGAUGGGAACUAGAGAGAAAGCCCCCCACUCCACCCUCAACUGGGGUGACUCCCAGUCUACAGUCCAAGAUACACGGACAUGCAACUGUGUAUGCCCUUGUUCCAGUCUUUUUCUGGCUCUGCCUGCUCUAGUUUUUGGUAAUGUAAUCAAGUCCUGGAACUUCAAGGCAAUGAACCCCCCGGAGGUGUGCAGAGGAAUGGAUGAUGUUCAGGUAAAACGAUAAGGACUGGGUUAUGUUCAGCAAAGAAGCACUGUUUUAUUUGUUUUCACUAGCUAAACCUGCCAUAGUUCCCUUUUCUGUGUUUGCUACCUUUCUGUGCUUCCUGUUUAACUCGAUGUUAUUGAAAUAAAACUCAUAGAAACUGAAGUGCCCGAUCCUUGGAGGUGAAGGAUCCCUUUAGAAUAAAUGUCA